AUUCACUUCAUAGCUGGUAUCUUCACAUAAAGGCUGUCUCCUUAAUUUGUAAACUUGUGGAUUCAAGAAUAUCUUGGCUCAUAUUCUGAGAAACUAAAUUAGAAACCCAAACAUCUUCCUCUGCAUUCUUUUUCAACGUACAUUUAAGCUAUGGAGCGUCUGAAGUUAGUCUUGCAGUACUUCCAGUCCAACUCCGAGUCGAUCUCCAAUGGUAUCUGUAUCAUCCUGGCCUUGGUCGGCGUCAAGAUUUACACCAGCUUUGACUUCAACUGCCCAUGCCUUCCUCAGUACAACAAACUCUACUCUCUGGGAGUGAUGAUCAUCCCACCCAUCAUUCUGUUUUUUCUGGGGGUCCUGGUCAACAAACAUGCAGGCAUCAUGACUGACGAGUGGAUGCGACCCAUCGGGAACAGAUCAAAAAAUUCUGCUGUGGUGAAGUACCUGUUCUCAGCCAUAAUCCAGAGGGCCCUGCUCGCCCCAAUGGUGUGGAUCCUGGUCACUUUGCUUGAUGGAAAGAUCUUCAUCUGUGCCUUCAGUGUGAGUGUAGACCCUGCACUCUUCUCAGGUUUGCCCAACAAUACAGAACACGAUGUGAUCAAAAUCAUGGCAAAAGUCCCCUGUAAGGAGGAUGUUAUCUUCAGGAACAGCUCUUUCCGCAAAGCGGUGUCUCGUUAUGUUCGCUGCUAUUCACAAGCAGUUGGCUGGUCUAUCCUUCUCUUCCUGAUUGUACUGGGAUCGCUGGGACGCUUCAUCAAGCCUUGUUUUGAUGACAAUGCCAGCUUCCUGCAGACACGUUACUGGAGCAACUACCUCGACAUGGAGCAGAAGCUCUUUGACGAAACCUGUGUACUGCAUGCGCGUGACUUUGCCCGGAAAUGUGUGGUACAGUUCUUUGAGGACAUCAGGGAGGACAUCAGGGAGGACACCAUAAUCCUUCUUCCCCAGCCCCCCUUCAUCACAAGCUCCAAAGAGGAAUGGGAGAAUGGAGAAGAGGAGAGACUUCAUGGGAUCACAAAACAGGAGCAGGUGGACCAGCUUUUAAACAAGUGGUACUUCAGUAAACCUGAACUUAACGUGACAAGGAUUGCCCACAAACUUAGGACCUGUGUUGCCUGGGAGGACCAUGAAGGGACUCUGAUAUCUAGGACACAGAGUGCUGUGUAGUUGCAGGAGAGGCCUUUUAUGAUCCAAAACUCUUGUUUUAGUUUCUAUUGAUCAUUUUGUUUGACCAAGCUGAGAGGUCCCACCCAAGAAUAGCUGAUUGUUAGUCCACUGUUAUGAACUAAUAACAAAUGUGUUUAUAUUUAAUGGAAGUUUGAACUGUGUGAAACUUUGUACUCAAUGAACAGCAGCUUUCCCUCACCCUGUGCACAGAACAUUCUGGUACGAUAAGCAAAUGCAAAGGGGGUUAGGUAGUGCUAAACUUCUCGCCCUCACCCUCCCAGGUCUCAAAAUUCUGUUUUUCUCAACAAAGACCGAAUUGAUGAUGUAGUUAAUUUGUAACUUAUUCCUAUUAAAGGGUACUAAAUGGCAUAAAACUGAACAAAACUCAGGCAAGAUGAAGUUAUGAUUUAAAUAAAUCAGAUUUAUUUCAAAACAACUUUAUUACCAACAAACUGCUUUGCUAUAUUGUUUCUUUAUCAUCUUAUGGCAGUCUUCUUAAAAUAACAAUGGGAAACACCUAUGCAUUUACUUCAGAACGAAGGUCCACAGGUCAGUAUAUUGUC